AUGGUUUCUAUCUGGAUUGCCUUCUUCUCUGCAUUUGUUGCUGCAGUCAGCGCUGCGCCAACCGCCAUUGCCGACAAGAAUAAUGCUGCCCUCAACAUCACCGAUACCUUAGAUCGCAACCUCCGCAAGGGAGAAAUUGUUGUUUUUGGAACGGGUGGUCGAACUGCCAUCAUCACCCAGGACACCUGGGAACUUCUAUUGAAGGUUGAGGGUAUUGAGGCCGAGACUCCAGACAUUGAUCAUGAUUUUCUUAGAUCUGGUGAUGAGUUCUCGGAGAUAUCCGUGAACCACACCGAUCUCGCGCUUGGAAAACGUGACUGCAACAGCAACUAUCAGACCGUUGUUGAUCGCACUCAGCGCUUUGUUGACUGGGAUGUCCAAAUGUCCCCUGUUGUCAUCGGUGCUGGCAGUAAGGGUAUUGACAUUACCAUUUCCAAGUCAUACUCUAUUGCGAACAGCGUCCAGGUUUCUGCUGGCAUUGAUCUGGGUCUCAUCAAGGACCGACUCAAGACUAGCUUCGGUAUCAACUACUCGCGUACUUGGACGACGACCCAGGGCUACCUCAUUCGCGGCACCGUUGAUAAUGGCUACACUGGUGUCGUUAUCACUCGCCCCUGGACCAACCGCAAAUACGGCCGCACCUUCCAGGGUUGUGUUGGAAGCCUCCGACAGACUGGAACUUUUAUGGCUGACAGCCACGAGGAUGGCUCCUACGAGGGCGUUACUUGGGUCGGUGGUGCCAUUACUGCCUGCAUCAAGAGGCAGAGCUCUAUCCCAUUGUCCCGGUGUAAUGGUAGCGGCAACUUCCGAUAACCAGUUUGGUGCUGUUUUUAAGAAUAGUUACGUUUACUGAAUUAGUCUGAGUCGUAGUCACUCAGGCUAAAAUGGAGCGACAUCCUCCACUGUGGUCAGCGUCAUGGCGCCUUAAGAUACAUACGGAGAGGGAUUGAUAGAUCGUGUCUAACGUACAUGUACGAAAGAUUCGGGCUGGGCCUUUCGACUUUUGGUUGAAUGCAACAAACACUGAAUUCUUUUGGCUGUUAGUGGA